UCAACCAUAUUUCCUUGACCUCCUCUCUUCCGGGAGAAUCAAACCAAAAGUAUCCCAAGCUAAUUCCUACCAAAAAGUUAACCAAAAACAAGCAAAAAAGAAAGGAAAAAAAAAUGGAGAAUCCUAAAGAAGAAGAAGAAAUCACAACUCCACUCCUUAAUGAGAUGCCGUCGGCUUCUUCCUCCUCCGAAGAAAAUUCACCGAUCGAGCAGGUCGCCUUAACAGUUCCGACCAGCGACGACCCGUCAAUCCCGGUCCUCACGUUCCGCAUGUGGGUCCUGGGAACUGCCUCGUGCGCGCUGCUCUCUUUCCUGAACCAGUUCUUCGCCGUGGUGCCUCUCGGCCAUCUGAUGGCGUCGACGAUCACUGAUCGGGCCUUCUUCAAAGGGAGGAGGUGGGAGUUCACGUUGAAUCCGGGCCCCUUCAAUAUGAAGGAGCACGUGCUUAUUACUAUUUUUGCUAAUUCUGGAGCUGGGACUGUUUACGCGAUUCAUAUCGUGACGGCAGUGAAGGUUUUUUACGGGAAGAAUUUGACCUUCUUUGUUUCUCUCGUAGUCAUUCUCACAACUCAGGUGCUGGGGUUUGGAUGGGCAGGAAUAUUCCGGCGUUAUUUGGUGGAGCCGGCGGCGAUGUGGUGGCCGUAUAACCUUGUUCAAGUGUCUCUAUUCAGAGCACUCCACGAGAAAGAAGCACGACAGCCAAACGCCCUAACCCGGAACCAAUUCUUCCUCAUCGCCUUCAUCUGCAGCUUUGCAUACUACGUUUUCCCCGGCUACAUUUUCCAGCUGCUGACCUCUCUCUCCUGGAUAUGCUUUCUCUUCCCUCGCUCCGUCGUCGCCCAACAACUCGGGUCCGGCCUCUACGGCCUUGGCAUCGGUGCCAUCGGUCUAGACUGGUCUUCAAUCUCCUCCUACCUUGGCAGUCCCCUCGCCAGCCCUUGGUUCGCCACCGCAAAUUUGGCUGCAGGCUUUUUCCUUGUUAUGUAUGUGAUAACCCCGAUUGCUUAUUGGUUUGAUUUCUACCGAGCUAAAAACUUCCCGAUAUUUUCGGACGGAUUGUUUACGGCUGAAGGGCAGAGGUAUAACAUAUCAGGUAUAGUGGAUUCGAGUUUUCAUUUUGACGAGAAGGCUUACGAGAAGAACGGGCCUUUGUAUUUGAGCACGUUCUUCGCUGUUACUUACGGUGUUGGAUUCGCGUCGCUCACCGCUACAAUCACUCAUGUUCUCCUGUUCCAUGGGAGAGAAAUAUGGCAGCUGAGCAAGUCGGCUUUCCAGGAGAAGAAGAUGGAUGUGCACACGAGGCUGAUGAGCAGAUACAAUCAGGUUCCUGAGUGGUGGUUCAUCUGCAUCCUUGUGGCCAACAUUGCGCUCACAAUCUUUGUGUGUGAGUACUAUAAUGAUCAGCUUCAGCUUCCAUGGUGGGGUGUUUUGCUCGCAUGCGCCCUCGCCAUUUUCUUCACUCUUCCUAUUGGGAUAAUCACAGCAACCACAAAUCAGACACCAGGACUGAACAUAAUCACAGAGUACAUCAUGGGAUACUUGUAUCCUGGCAGGCCAGUUGCCAACAUGUGCUUUAAGGUUUAUGGGUAUAUCAGUAUGAGUCAGGCAUUGACAUUUCUGCAAGAUUUCAAGCUUGGGCACUACAUGAAGAUACCCCCGAGGACGAUGUUCAUGGCUCAGGUUGUAGGAACAUUGAUAGCAGCGAUAGUUUACCUCGGAACAGCGUGGUGGCUGAUGGACUCAGUCUCCAACAUCUGCAACACCGAGCUCCUCCCCUCCGACAGCCCAUGGACAUGCCCAGCCGACCACGUCUUCUAUGAUGCCUCCGUCAUCUGGGGCCUCAUUGGGCCCCGCCGCAUCUUCGGAGACUUCGGCACCUACUCUGCCGUCAACUGGUUCUUUCUCGCUGGUGCCAUCGCCCCUCUCCUUGUCUUUCUCGCUCACAGAGCUUUUCCAUCUCACAACUGGAUUAAACUCAUCAAUGCGCCUAUUCUCAUCGGAGCAACUGGCCAAAUGCCACCGGCGACAGCUGUGAAUUAUACAAGUUGGAUUAUUAUUGGAUUCUUGUCGGGGUUUGUUGUGUAUAGAUAUCGAAGGGAUUGGUGGCAGAGGCAUAAUUACUUGUUGUCGGGGGCUUUGGAUGCAGGGCUCGCAUUCAUGGGGGUGAUGCUGUACUUGUUCCUGGGGUUGGAGAACAUCAGUUUGAACUGGUGGGGAAACGACUUGGAUGGAUGCCCUUUGGCUUCUUGUCCUACUGCUCCUGGGAUUGUUGUAGAUGGUUGCCCAGUUUCAUUCUGAAACGAUAAUUGUUUGUACAUGUAUUUGUGAUGUUAAUAAUUCAUAACAGGAGAACAUUGAUAAACAAUAUUUGCAUGAACUUUCCCAACAUAUUGUACAUUAUUCUUUUACAGUUAUUUCUGUACUGGAAUAUUUUCUCA